UCAAACAAAAGAUUUCCCCUCAAACCCUUCGUCAUUUUCACCACCGAACCUUUUCUCUCAGGCCUUUCUCAUCGAUUGUUUCCCCAAAAUCUAGUAUCGUCGUUUGGAAUCACGAUCCGACCUCGGAAUCCAUGGCUUCCUCCGCCAUUGUCGAUUAUGAAGUUAUUGCUUCUGAUUCCAGGUGAUUUUUCUGAUAUGACAAAAAAAUAAAUUAUCCGUUAAUGGAAAAAUCCCCAAAUUAGUCUCUCUCUCUCCCCGUGUUCUUCAGUGACUCUCUCCUCCACGAUCGCCUCCCUCCGCCGGUCAACAAUCAAAAAACCUAAUCACUGGAUUUGAGGGAGGUCGGUAAUCUGAUUUAUUGCACUAAACCCACAACUGUACGACCGCGGGAUGCCGGUAACAUUCGUCUUAUUCAUCUUAAUCAGAGACGUAAUUGAAUUUGAGAUCAACAAAAUCCACGUAUUCCUUCAGGGACGGCUUUCUUCUAUUCAAGAUGAAGUAUCUACAGUUGGAUCUGAUUUGGAGUCACUUAAGAUCCCACGGCUCCAAAACCUUCUGCACCUGUGGUGGAGGAAAAGUAAGCAACAACUGGAUCGUGACAUAGAGACCUUAAAAUCACAGUCUAACAUUGUCAGCAUCCGUGCAGAUGUGGUUACUGAAAACGAAUUGAGAAGAGACUGUUUGGUGAAAUUAUUCCUCUUGGUGGUGAUAUUGGUGUUACCUUUGUCGACAUUGGAGUCCUUGAAUCUGUGAAGGAUACCUUGAACGAGUUGGUGAUGCUACCUCUUCAAAGGCCUAAAUUGUUCUGUAAAGGGCAGCUAAUAAAGCAAUGAGUAUCCACUUUUCAUACCUAGACAAAACUUUUGCACAACGGGUGUAGAAACAUCAUGGUCAGACAAAAGUUCAAGUAUUUUUGGAGUUGCUUCAAUGGAAUCAGAAAAGAAGGCUCGUUUGGAAUCUUCUAGUAGCUUCAGUUACACCUCAGCAUCCCCUCAUUCCUUUAAAACACAAAUGGAUUUGCAAAAAGGAAUUUCACUUUUAAAAAAAAGUGUCGUGCGUGUAACAACUUAUUGUUACAACUCUUUAUGCCUUGAAGUUCCUCCUGAAGCUUCUACUUUCAGCCAUCAGACAUUGAAGCUCGUAUUAGGACAAUGACAAUUUCAUACAUUAGGCUUCCCAACUGUUUAAUCCUAGCUGUCACACCUGCAAAUGCUGACCUUGCCAAAAUGCACUUCAAAUUGCUAGAAAUGCAGAUCCUGAUGGUUACAGGACAAUUGGUAUGAUCACAAAGUUGGAUAUUAUGGAUAGAGGAACCGAUGCACGUAAUUUUUUGCUUGGAAAAGUGAUCCCCCUUCGACUUGGCUUUAUUGGUGUUGUAAAUCGUAGGCAGGAGUUUGGAGGUGUAUGGAGUCAUGGUGCAUAAAUGCUUUUAAGAUCAAGAGUUGGCAGACUCCACCUUAUUGACUUUAACCAGGUGUUAUAUGAUCAGUUUUAACCUCAGGAGUAAUGAUAGCAGGAAGAUGGACGGUUUUACCCCUGGUGUUCAUAUUUCUAGCUCUUAACAGAUUGUGGUUCUUCCAUGAUAUUAAGUGAUUUGUGAUCGAAACUCUGCACUAGCAAGAUCAAAACUUUGUUUCAAGGAAUAUAACACCUAAAACAACUCCGCAAGAACAGAGAUGUCUUACAAUCUAGCGUCAACACGCCAGCAAGUUAUGCACAAGGGGAUCAUCACCACACAAUUUAAAAUUGUCACAAUUGAAUAUUCAAGUUUGUUCAUAACUUAUCAGGAGCAGAUAGCAUCAUGCAAUAAAAAUUUACGUUUAUAAUUUGGAUAACAUAGAGGAACUAAGGAAGUAAUCUUCGAGGAUUCAAGAAUUUCCCAAUGUGCAUAAAGUUUUCUUCAUCAUUCCGGACUUGAUACGAGAACGUGUGGGACUAUGUACUAGCCUAAUUGAAAUAUAAAACUGAAUAUGAGUAACUGAAAUAGCCGAAAUUUCAAUAACCUAUUAAUGAACAAAGAACAGAUUAUGAUGUGAUUAAUUGAGAUCGUAAGAAAGUGCUUUCAUAGUCACCUGCUACAGAACGACAACGAGACAUGAAGCUGCUACAGUUUAUUUCAAGUCUCCAAGGGCAAUCGCAACAAAAUCAGGUAGAGUUGAUAGCGGCGGCGCUAGCGGUGGAGCUGGAGAGGAAGAUGACUCCGCUUUGCGAGCCGAUGAUUCUUCCACAAAGUCAUUGAAAAGGAUUAUUUUGGUUUGGACGCCUCAAUUGCACAGUGAUAACAACGCCACCACCAGUACUAGGUUUAGGACCUAAAGUGAGGCCAAAAGGCUUGUCGACUUCAACUUCGGUCUCCUUUCAAGCACCCGUGGUUUUAAUGGCUUUGAUAUCUAAACCUCUUCCUCCUUUUACAGACAUGAUGGUCUUCUCCCUAAAAGCCAUCCACACAAUCCACUGAAAUACGCCGCUCGUCGCAGUUGAUGAGAUUAAAUGAGGUGGAGAUGUAAAUCGAUGAACGGAUGAGUCAGAGAUCAAAAAUUGGUGAUUCACAGGAGUGUGGAGGAGUAAUGAAUAAUUUUUUUUUAGGGAAAAUCAACGACAAUGAGACAAUUGGUGAUUCACAGGAGUGUGGAGGAGCAAAGGUGGAGGUGAUACACUCUGGCGACUGAAGACGACAAUAAGAAUGCGACGAGAUUCAAUGAUUUCAUCUCAAAAUCUGGGAUGAAGAGGUGAGAUUCGGCGAUUUCAUGGAAUGAAGAUGAACAUGAAGGAGAGAGAAAGACGGUGAGAGAGAGUUGUAUUUUCAAAAUUAAUUUUGAUUAAUUAUUAUGUAUGUUAAUUUGUAUCCCUUAGCUACCCUUGUAAUUUAUCGUAAAAAG